AUGUUGUUUGAGGCAAUCCGUCCUUCUGGUUGGCUACUGGCUCCCAUAGCCACUGCCGAGACACCGGUAAAACGUAGACGACCCCCUGAAAGGAGCUCAGGCUCAUACAUUGGUGCCUAUUGCGGCGAGGAAUUUGCAAAGGGCUUCGACUUGGCCAGGGCUUGGCAAGGAGUGGCGGAUGCUCCGGACGCCGCUAGCCCCGCUGGCCGCGUCUAUGCCAAGUCUAUAGACCAAGAGAUUGCCCAGAAGUGA